UCCCGUACAGGUCAUAGGUUAAUUUGUUGCUAGAAAUUUCUCUGAGUGACAUCUUGUGUGUGCGUGUGUACAGCUACAGUUCAUAGCACUGAGGCCGAGAAGAUGUCGAGACUCGACUACAGCAAGUGGAAUCACAUCGAGGUGAGCGAUGAUGAGGAUGACACCCAUCCUAACGUGGACACGCCCUCUUUGUUCCGAUGGCGUCACCAAGCAAGAGUGGACAGAAUGGAACAGACCAAGGAGGAGAAAGAUCGGCUCAAGGCAGAGGAGGAAGAACUCCAGAAGAGAACAGCUGAUAUCCAGAGGAAGACUAAGGAAUUGUCUCUCUUGAACGAGGACGCUCAAAAGAAGGAAGCAGCACGAGUGAGGACAGAGCUGGCAGUGCUCAAGAAACAAGAAGAAGAGUUCAAACAAAAGGAGGCGGAGAUUGCAAAGAAAGAACGACUGACCCCCUGGAAUGUGGACACUCUCUCUCAGCCUGGCUUUGACAAAACAGUGAUCAACAAGCCCAAGCCCAAGCCACAGGAAGUGGACGAGAGUAAGAAACACGAGCAAAUGAUUGACUUCAUCAACACGAACGAGAGCACCAUCAAGAAGUUUGGAAUGUUGGCCAACUAUGAUGCGAGUCUUGAGUUCUUGAGGGACAACUCACAGCUUGUGUGUUUGGACACGGCUAACUACCUCACCAUGUGGUGUGUCAAUCUGGAGGUUCAGGAGAAGUCAUCUCUGAUGCAGAGAGUGGCCCACCAGACUAUUGUGAUGCAGUACAUCCUGGAGCUGGCCAAACAACUCGACAGGGACCCUCGUUCCUGUGUGCCCGGCUUCUUUAUACGUAUGAAGUCAGCGGAGAAGACGUAUCUGGAUGCAUUCCAGGAUGAGCUGGGGGCGUUCAUUGGACGAGUGAGGGGGCGGGCCAAGGCAAGGAUAGAGGAGGCAGCACGAGAGGUCGAAGAGGAGGCUCGCCAGGAAAGGCAGGGACCUGGUGGACUGGACCCUAUCCAGGUCUUGGAGACUCUACCUCAGGAGUUGAAGGAAUGUUUCGAGACAAAGAGUGUGUCUAAACUGCAAGAGGUUCUAGCCAAGCUGUCCAAAGAGGAGGCAAGCUAUCACAUGAAAAGAUGCGUGGACUCUGGACUCUGGGUCUCUGAUGCCAAGUCUGCUGGACUGACCCCUGCCAGUGAGGAGCUAAAGAAGCUGCGAGCUGAGGGGACGGCCGAGGUACGUGAUGGAGAGAGGGACGUCAUGGCUGACCGCAUCCCCAUCACUGACGAGGAGAUCUAUGAGGAGAUAGACUCGGGGGACCUGGGCUUGGACUGAGGAACACUUGGAAUGACUUAAUGACUUUUUUUUGUGUAUAAGACAUUGUUCAAUUUGAUCUGUUUAUAAUAAAAAACAACCUUUUCUGCAUAA